AUGAAUUUGUGUGUAAUCUUUACAAAAGCGUGCGAUUUUUCUGAAAAUUUUCUAUUUUUUGGUGUUUUCGCAGACAUUGUUCAAAAACUGCUACCUGACUUGCAUACGAAGCUGAAAGUGUUAGGAUUGGACGAUAUGAUAGCGCUAUCGUGGUUUUUAACGGUAUUCCUGAAUGCAGUCAAGUUUGACGCAGCAAUUCAUAUUCUCGACUUGUUUUUCUACGAUGGCUCAAAGGUGAUGUUCCAAGUUGCGUUGCAAAUCCUCAAAGAGAAUCAGAACGAAAUUUUGGAAGCGCGAGACGACGGUGAAGCACUUUUGUUGUUGACGAGGUUUACGGAUAGACUGAUCGACAGAGAAUGUGGUGAGGGUGGUGAAGAAGAUAAGGUGAGUUGCGGGCUUAAUUUGGCACGGGGCUUUGCGAGAUGUACUUCUCGUUGA